CCUUCUUAAAAAAAAGAAAAAAACAGAGAGACAAAAUCUGCGGUGGGCGAUGAGCGCACUGAACUCGCCGGGAUUCAUAUCGCCUCACUGAGCGAGCUUUUCCCCAACGCGUCGCUUCACUGUGAAUGGACAGAUAAGAAGGAAAAACCAUUUCGCAACCUAUUUUGCAUGCAGCCUACAUGGGCGCAUGAAGUCUUGGAUAUAUAUUUUUCCUCCCUGUUCCGCUCCUCCAGCCUCCCAAUGCGCACGCUGGUAGUUUUAACCUGAAAGGAGGCAACUUGAGGAGCGCUCGUUUUUACGCAUUUUUUUUCUUUUACAUUUGCAAGAUGUUUUGAGCGCCAAAGGGGGCAGAGACAGAGAGCGGCUGGUGUCGUCGGAGGGGGGUUUGUUCACUGCGCAGACGAGCCGCGGACCGUCUCUGCGCUACCGCUCGUCUGGUCUCCUCCACAACAAACCACAAGACGCAGGGAGGAGGAGGAGUGGCGGCGGCGGCGGCGGAGUGGAAAUCUGGAAAUAUACGGCGUUAAAAUGACGAUGUCCGUCCCGGAGAGGAAAUCAGGCUCGGAGGGGAAGGAGGAGGAGAGCGAGGAUGAGAGUGAGAUCUUGGAGGAAAGCCCGUGCGGCCGCUGGCAAAAGCGCAAAGAGCAGGUCAGCCAAGGUAAUGUCCCAGGCGUGGAAAGUGCCUCUCUUGCCAUGGACACAGAGGAGGGAGUGGAGGUGGUCUGGAACGAAGUGCUCUUCUCAGACAAGAAGGUCUUCAAAGCACAGGAGGAGAAGAUCAAGGAGAUGUUUGAGAACUUGAUGCAGGUCGAGCACCCCAACAUUGUCAAGUUCCACAAAUACUGGCUGGACAUGAAGGAGAGCCAAGCACGGGUUAUAUUCAUCACUGAAUACAUGUCGUCAGGCAGCCUCAAGCAAUUCCUGAAGAAAACGAAGAAGAACCACAAGACCAUGAAUGUGAAGGCCUGGAAAAGAUGGUGCACCCAGAUUCUCUCUGCACUCAGUUAUCUCCACUCUUGCGACCCACCAAUAAUCCAUGGCAACCUGACAUGUGACACCAUCUUCAUCCAGCACAACGGCCUCAUCAAGAUCGGCUCAGUUUGGCAUCGGCUAUUUGUUAAUGUUUUCCCAGAUGCCAGCGUUCAUGGUAAAGCGAGGCAACACCGCGAUGAGCAGAGGAAUCUUCAUUUCUUUGCUCCGGAAUAUGGAGCUGGCGAAGAUGAUUACGCCAUAGACAUUUUCUCAUUUGGCAUCUGUGCUUUAGAGAUGGCAGUACUGGAAAUCCAGGCCAAUGGAGAUACUGCUGUGUCCAAGGAGGCCAUAGUCAAUGCAGGUCAAUCUCUGGAAGACCCUCUCAUGAGAGAGUUCACCCAGUCUUGUUUGCGCCACGAAGCCAAGCUCCGUCCUACGGCUCAUGACCUUCUGUUCCACCGAGUCUUAUUCGAAGUCCACUCGCUCAAACUGCUUGCCGCCCACUGCCUCAUCAACAACCAAUAUUUGCUUCCAGAGAACUGCGUGGAAGAGAAAACCAAGUCGUUUGACCCCAACGCUGUCAUGGCAGAGAUUAAGCACGACGACAGACAGGGAGUUCAGCUCAAGUAUUCCCAUGUAUCUCCUUUGGAACUGGAUAAGUUUCUAGAGGAUGUAAAGAAUGGGAUUUACCCACUGAUGAACUUCGCCUCCACUCGUCCUCACCCCGUCCCUCGAGCUCUGUCCUUGUCUCAGGAGCAGGUUGAGACAGUCAAGACGCCGACUCCUGAACCUCAGGAGACAGAGACGAGGAAGGUUGUUCAGAUGCACUGUAACUUGGAGUCAAAUGAAGAAGGGACCAAAACUCAUCUCUCUUUGUUUCUGAAGAUGGAUGACAAACUUCACAGGCAGCUGAGCUGUGACAUCCUUCCAACGGACACCUCCAAAGACCUCGCCAGUGAACUUGUUCACUACGCCUUCAUUAAUGAGGAGGACAUUGAGAAGGUGGCGGGAUUCCUGGAGGACGCCAUUAACCGACACCGAGUCCGAGCGCUCGCCUCCGGAAGCACACAGUGAGGAGGGGGUCAUGACAGCGGCUGACCCGGACAGAGGGGCCCGGUGCGUUGACCACAAAGAUGGAGAAAGAAAGAAAGAAAGAAAGAAAAGGGCAGCGGGCAGGAUCACACAGUCAGGAACCGAGGGAGCAGAGGGAGCUGACCAGGCUGGGGGUUAAAAAAAAAGGGGGACAAAUACAGAUGGAUGCUGAGCCUAAACAAUCCCAGUGAGAAGGAGGAUAAAAUGCCGGCACUGAGAGACAAACCGAAGGCACCUCUGGUUGGAGGACCAGAGGCGACACGGCUGAGACCAGCAACCCCACAGAGCAGCGGAAGAUUGACAAACUCCCUGUUUAAAAGGGCUAUCAUGCCUUAAGAAAUCUUGAUGGCUUAGUUUUUCCAUAAUGCCACUAUUCAGAAUGGAUAUGUUUUACUUACAGAUGCAGCAGCUGUGUUUUCAAAAGUACAUUUUAUUGCUCAAAGCCUCGUUUGCACUCCAAUGCCCACUUUUAUUGGUGAUUAUUGACUUUGAACAAAAUCAUUUACUGAAGCCUCCCUCUCUUACAAGUCAGAACCAUUUAUUUCAGUUUCAGGAAUUAAAUAUUCCAACCUCCAUGCACUGUUAAUACUCAAUCAUUUGACUUAUUUAUUUCUGUUUGUAACUGUGAACAGUAGAAGCAUUGCACAAACCUGUUUUUUUUUUUUCCUUUAUGUUUUUAAUCUGCAAAGUAACACACCUCACUGCAGUGUUGGGUUAAAGGCUACUUCUCAUGCAGCUAACCAUGCCACGCCUAAAUGUAGUGACGAGCAAGGAGAUGACGCCUCUCUUUAAGCCUGUAGUGCUCUUAAGGUUUUUUCCCUGCGAAGGUGUUUUGUGAAAGCCAAAGACUUGCAAAGUGCCUGAUAUGGCAAUGUACUUUGGACAAAAAUUUCCAAAUGGAACGGCAUCGUACCCAACUUAGCAAUUUGGAUGUUAACUAAUUCAGGUUGACUUAAGUUUUAAAAUCAGACCUGGUCUUUCUUUUUACGAGUCGACCUGCCUGAAUGUGAAGAUAAGCUCGACACCCAGCGAUAGCGGCCACUGUAUAUUGGACAUGUCUGUCAGAUCAUUAUGCUCUCUGAAGAAAGUCAACAUUAUUACUGGAAGAGCUGCAGCCUUUGUGUAAAAAUUGGAAUAUAGCAGCGUGUGAUUUCAAAGCAAAGUCCUAUAUACAUAAUAGGAAGGGUGUUGGGUAUCUGAUAUUAAAAACUGAAUAAAAAUUGCCAUAAUGUUAAUAAAUAUCAUUGCUAUACUCAUUUUUUUGUUGGAUUCCCCCAAAACCAAUUGAGGACAUUUAUUUUGUGAAUAGGUCUAGAGGUCUUUGAAUGGCAAAAUCUACCCAAAUCAUUAGACAACCUAUGAUUAAAGAACUCUAUCAUGUGUAUUAUUAUGCAUAUGGAUUUAGCUAUUUCCAUUAGAGUUUUCAUGAGCUACAGAUUUUUAUUUUAUUUUUUUUAUAUUUCAGUUUGUACAUGUUCAUUUUGCCAGAGCUACAUCUACUGUGCUUUUAUUUCAGACAAUAUCAGUGUGAACUUGGGAAUCGAUUGCACUGCAGCCCACACAAAGACAAAAAUAGAACACAAAACUCCGCCAGUUUUUUCUGGUCAAGAAACCAGUCUUGGAAUUGUAAAAAAAAAAAACAAAAAAACUACCAUUUGGGUGGAUUUUUUCCUUAACAAAACUAUAGAGUAAAAAAAAACAAAAACACAAUAGAGAAUUGUCUGAUCAGUCUUCAGCAAUAUACUCUUGUCUGUCAGACUCACUUGGCUCUGCUCCAUUCGUUUUUCCGGGUCUGUAAUUUUCCAGUUUCAUAACAGUUAAACUGCUGUACAGUCAUUGCUUACAGUACUUACUACUAUACUCUGUGUCAUGCCUACUUAUCAGUGUGUCGCUGAAGACAGAAGCCCUGAAUUUUCCCAGACAGUUAGGCUGUGGUGUACAUAUUUGUUUAUGGCUAUCAAAGGGGCUUACUUCGGACAAAAUUUCAAUGCAAAGCAGUGCCACUAUUGCUCUCAUCUGAUCUUGUACGCUGCAUGUCUUAAUAGCCUGCAACCAUUCAAAACUUUGCAUUUUUGCCUUUGUCAGUCACCGUUCAGUUCCAGAGGGGACCUGACCAAGAAAAUGAAUGUUUAGAAUGUGCAAACAUAACAAGAAAACAUCCAUAUCAGUCUUAUUUUAUGUCAAAUGACUUAUUUUUUUCUUUCUUGUGACUCUGUUAAAGGAAACUUGCCUUUGAAUGUGUUCUACUUAAACCUUUGUUAAAUAUUGUAGCUACUGCAAUUAAUUACAUGACAAUAAAGGAGAUGUGACAUGUUG